GACUACACCGAUGGCACACAAAACAACGUAGUUGCGAGCGGCGAGCCGGGUCUUGUGAAUGCCGUGAAGACCAUCAAGAGCAAGAAGAUUGCCGCAGAAAAGAGAACGACCACCCCAUACAUGACCAAAUACGAGCGCGCAAGAGUGUUGGGCACAAGGGCUCUGCAAAUAAGCAUGGGCGCGCCUGUGCUAGUGGACGUCGAAUCCGAGACCGACCCUCUUCAGAUCGCGCUGAAGGAAUUGCGAGAGAAGAAGAUCCCAUUGGUCGUGCGUCGAUACCUUCCAGACGGCUUCUACGAGGAUUGGACAUGCGAGGAGCUACUAUAG